GAUGGACAGGCCUCAGGGGAAGAAGCUGGACUUCAGUCAUCCAAGGAUGAGGGCGUCCUCAAGGAGAUCGCCAUCACGCACCACGUCAAGGCCGGCUCUGACAAGGCCGAUCCGUCCCAUUUCGAGCUCCUCAAGGUUCUGGGCCAGGGAUCCUUUGGCAAAGUCUUCCUGGUACGGAAGGUCACCCGACCUGACAGUGGGCACUUAUAUGCCAUGAAGGUGCUAAAGAAGGCCACGCUGAAAGUGCGUGACCGAGUUCGGACCAAGAUGGAGAGAGACAUCCUAGCCGACGUAAACCACCCGUUUGUGGUGAAGCUGCACUACGCCUUCCAGACCGAAGGCAAGCUCUAUCUCAUCCUGGACUUCCUGCGUGGCGGGGACCUCUUCACGCGGCUCUCCAAAGAGGUUAUGUUCACGGAGGAGGACGUGAAGUUCUACCUGGCCGAGCUGGCGCUGGGCCUGGACCACCUGCAUAGCUUGGGCAUCAUCUACCGAGACCUCAAGCCCGAGAACAUCCUCCUAGACGAGGAGGGCCACAUCAAGCUCACCGACUUUGGCCUGAGCAAGGAGGCCAUCGACCACGAGAAGAAGGCCUACUCCUUCUGUGGGACGGUGGAGUACAUGGCCCCCGAGGUCGUCAACCGCCAGGGACACACGCACAGCGCGGACUGGUGGUCCUACGGGGUGCUGAUGUUCGAGAUGCUGACGGGCUCCCUGCCCUUCCAAGGGAAGGACCGGAAGGAGACCAUGACCCUGAUUCUGAAGGCGAAGCUCGGCAUGCCACAGUUUCUGAGCACGGAAGCCCAGAGCCUCCUGCGGGCCCUGUUCAAGCGGAACCCUGCCAACCGGCUCGGCUCCGGCCCUGACGGGGCAGAGGAAAUCAAGCGGCACGUCUUCUACUCCACCAUCGACUGGAACAAACUGUUCCGUCGUGAGAUCAAGCCUCCCUUCAAGCCAGCCGUGGCCCAGCCCGAUGACACCUUCUACUUUGAUACCGAGUUCACGUCCCGCACGCCCAAGGACUCCCCAGGCAUCCCCCCCAGCGCGGGUGCCCACCAGCUGUUCCGUGGCUUCAGCUUCGUGGCUACUGGCCUGAUGGAGGAUGAUGGCAAGUCUCGGUCCACACAGGCACCCCUGAACUCAGUGGUACAGCAACUCCAUGGGAAGAACGUGGUGUUCAGCGAUGGCUACGUGGUAAAGGAGACCAUCGGCGUGGGCUCCUACUCGGUGUGCAAGCGCUGUGUCCACAAGGCCACCAACACGGAGUACGCUGUCAAGGUCAUCGACAAGAGCAAGCGGGACCCCUCGGAGGAGAUCGAGAUUCUCCUGCGGUACGGGCAGCACCCCAACGUCAUCACUCUGAAAGAUGUGUACGAUGACGGCAAACACGUGUACCUGGUGACGGAGCUGAUGCGGGGCGGGGAGCUGCUGGACAAGAUCCUACGGCAGAAGUUCUUCUCGGAGCGGGAGGCCAGCUUCGUGCUGCACACCAUCAGCAAGACCGUGGAAUACCUGCACUCCCAGGGGGUGGUGCACAGGGACCUGAAGCCCAGCAACAUCCUGUACGUGGACGAGUCGGGCAACCCCGAGUGCCUGCGCAUCUGUGACUUCGGCUUCGCCAAGCAGCUGCGGGCCGAGAACGGCCUUCUCAUGACGCCAUGCUACACCGCCAACUUCGUGGCACCGGAGGUGCUGAAGCGUCAGGGCUAUGACGAAGGCUGUGACAUCUGGAGCCUGGGUGUCCUGCUGUACACCAUGCUGGCUGGGUACACUCCAUUCGCCAACGGGCCCAGCGACACGCCAGAGGAAAUCCUGACCCGGAUUGGCAGCGGGAAGUUCACCCUCAGCGGGGGGAACUGGAACACGGUCUCCGAGACAGCCAAGGACCUGGUGUCCAAGAUGCUGCACGUGGACCCCCACCAGCGCCUCACAGCUAAGCAGGUCCUGCAGCACCCGUGGAUCACCCAGAAAGACAAGCUUCCCCAGAGCCAGCUGUCCCACCAGGACCUGCAGCUCGUGAAGGGAGCCAUGGCGGCCACCUACUCGGCACUCAACAGCUCCAAGCCCACCCCGCAGCUGAAGCCCAUCGAGUCCUCCAUCCUGGCCCAGCGGCGGGUGAGGAAGCUGCCGUGUACCACCCUGUGAGGAGCCGGGGCCUGCAGGCCGGCGCCAACCACAGAAGCAGCCCCUCCCCAGAGGAGCAACGGGAGUCCGGGCCGGAGGGAGCUGGAGCCCACGGCCCGGGGCAGCCGCCCAGCUCACCCAGGAGUGGGAGAAGUGCCUUCUCCUCCCCAGACGACUCCUCGGCUCAGGCUCCGCGGGCUGAGACUGAUCCACUGUACAAACUUAUCUUUUUAAGGA